AUGGCCAUUGGGCAUCUUCACAGUAACGGCGGAAGAGGAACAUGGGGGGAUGAAGGAGAGAUUGGGGAAUGGACCAAUUACCACACGAACAGAGAUCGGAAGAAGCCACCGAGGAGGAUACAGGGGAUUCGUUUUGAAUUCGGUUCAGAGAAUGGGAGACGAGAGCCAUGA